AUGGACUCCGGAGAUGCUGCCCGCCUCGCCCUGGCAGCAUGCGGCAUCCUCUCUGUCCUCGCCAUCGCCUACCUCGUCCGCCUCAACAUCAUGCUCAAGGGCACGCCGGCUGAGGCCCGAGGGAUCGUGACGCCGUGGACGGAGGAGCUGCGGCGCAAGGCCUACAAGGAGCUCGAGAACAACCCGGUGGACUGGACUGCCGACCUGCCCCCCAAGCUGGACCGGAGAUACAUCAUCACGGGAGGCAACGGUCUCGUCGGUGGUUACAUUGUCCUCCAGCUCCUGGCUAGAGGCACGUCGCCAGAGAGCAUCCGCAUCCUGGACAUCCGCGAGACGGAGCGCAGUGACCUGUCCAUCGGACCAGCCGCCCAGGUGGAAUUCAUCAAGACGGACAUCACCUCCCCCGAGUCGCUGGACGCCGCCUUCAGCAAGCCGUGGAGUAAAUCCGUCGCUCACCUGCCGCUCACCGUCUUCCACACUGCCGCCGUCAUCGUCGUGUCGGAGAGGAUCAAGCUCUUCUACCGGCUGCCCGAGGCCGUCAACAUCCACGGCACCAGGAACGUCCUCGACGCCGCGCGCAAGGCCGGCGCCGACAUCUUCUCCGCCACCUCGUCCGGCUCCAUCGCCAUACGUCCCAUCAGCGUCUGGGAUUCCUGGUGGCGGUCCCAGCCGAGGGACUACCUCCAGUUCAUAGACGAGAGCGACUUCGACAAGCCCAUGCGCGCCCACGAGGAGUACUUCGGCAACUAUGCCGUUUCCAAGGCGGACGCUGAAAGGAUGGUCUGCGGCGAGAACGAGGAGUCUUUCCGCACGGGGUGCAUCCGGCCAACUAAUGCAGUCUACGGCCAGCAGGGGGACGCCUGCUUUGGUAGGCUGUUGAGUCUACCUGUGAUUCAGACCUGGAUCCCCCACGUCAUUCAGAACUUCGUCCACGGAGCCAACGUAGCCGAAGGCCACCUCCGUCAAGAAGCAGUCCUCGCCAGGAAAGGCGACUGUCCACAGGCCGGCAGACCAUUCAUCGUGACCGAUCCCAACCCCCCAAUCACCUUCGCCGACUUGUACGGGACCAUCACCACCCUCUCAGUCCACCCCACCAAGCUCCAGCUCAUACAACCGGUGAUCAUCCUGGUGCUAUCCCACAUACUCGAGUGGUACAGCCAGCUCCCCUACCGCCUCCCCUUCCUGAAGCCCAUCCUUCCCGAGAUGAAGGGUGACAUCAAGACGCUGCGCCCGGGCCUGUUCUCCGUCUGCACGCACGUCAUCGCGUCGGACGCGAGAGCGAGGAAGCCCGUGGCCGAGGGCGGCCUCGGGUACCGCGGGACGUUCACGACGCUGCAGGGCAUGGUCACGGAGGUCAUCGAGUGGAACCAGGAGCACUCGGAUAAGGAGAAGGCGAGGAGGGUGUACUCGACGUCCAUACUGCUGGCGGAUAAGCUGGAGAAGGUGCAUGGGUCUUGA